AUGCAAGAGGAUCUGAUCCGGGAGAUGCGGGUCGAUCGGAUCAGGCAGUCCCAGGAGGAGGAAGUCUGGAUCGCAGGAAUGAAGAAAUAUCUGGGUGGCUCGAUCGCCGACCUCACACAAUCAGAAGCAAGGUCGUACGGCAAGUCCGCGUCCGACUAUGAGGUGGAUGAGCAGGAUCUACUCUUUUAUUGCCCACCCACCCCAAGAUCGGGGGACGAUCGCGAUCGAUUGCUGAGACUGGUGGUGCCCGAAACGCUGCAAUCUGACGUCCUGCACCACUAUCACACUACGCUGGAAGGAGGACAUCAGGGAAUGGGGCGGAUCACUUCCACUGGAAAGGAUUAUAUCGAAGCGUUCAGCGAUAUGUGGGGGAAUGCGUGGACUGUGAAAGGGGGAAAAGGAAAACCGGUGAUCCGGGGUGAAUCACCGGGGAACUUGCAGGCGACGUACCCGUUCCAGAUCAUUGCCAUGGAUCAUAUACCGUCGUUGCCCCGAUCCCAACAAGGGGAAUACUGA